UUCCUUCCCUUUCCCUUCCCUUUUGGCAGGCGGGGGGCUGAGGCUCCUCUGCUGGGCUCUCCUUUUAUGGUCACAGAGUCUGGGCCGGGCGAGGCUCCCUUCGGGGCUUGGCUUCCUCCUCCUCCUCCUCCUCCUCUUGAGCUCCAUCCCAGCCUCCUUCUCCUUCUCCUUGGCCAGAACCAGCCCCGGCAGACGGAGCAGGGCACCCCAAGGUCCUGAAGCACCCAACUGCAAGAUGGCUUCCUCGGGUGCCCCAGGAACCCGCAUGACCUCCACAGUGAGCAUCAACAUCUCCACUCCAAGUUUCUACAGCCCCCCAAAAAAAUUUGCACCCGUAGUUGCUCCAAAGCCCAAAGUGAACCCUUUCAAAGCUGGGGGAGUAGCUCCUGAAAAUGCCUCUGAGCAAGCAUUGCCUCCUCCACCUCCGCCACCACCUCCUGCUCCUUCCGGGGCAUGUGCCCAAAUCGGGAAGGUGGGAGAGAUCCCAGUAUCCACAGCCAUGCCCCUUCCUGAAGAGCUUCCAUUGCCACCGCCACCCCCUCCAGGGGAAGAGAUGGUUGUCUCCUCCAACAGUGCAUUCCCUCCUCCACCUCCCCCAUUUGAGGAACCAUUUCCUCCAGCUCCAGAAGAUGUCUUCCCUUCUCCUCCACCUCCCAUGCUGGAGGAUGAACCAGUGGCUCUGAGUGGGCUGCCUGCCGCACAGGGGCAGGGCCGUGGGAAGAUGAGCAGCAUUGAUUUGGAGAUUGAUUCUUUGUCCUCAAUGCUGGAUGACAUGGAGAAGAAUGAUCCCUUCAAAUCCCGGGUACCUUUGGGAUAUGUGGCUGCAGGUGUAACAUCUGGCUCUAGGACAUCCCCAGAAUCCACGGCUGCGCCUAAAGAUUUUCCAGCUCCUACCUCUUUUCCCUCCAGUGCUGUCUCUCAUCCCAGUGGAAGCUACAUGCCUAAGCCACAAGCGGAAACAUCUCCUGUUCCUCCACCCUGGGUAGCCUUGAAGCAGCACAGAGACUUACCACCAGCUCAGCUUCCAGUGCAGCCCCCUGCUCCUGCUCCUGCUCCUGCUCUGCCUCCUCUAGCUCCAUCAGCCCCUAAAUACACUCCAUCUCCAGUUGCUCCUGGCCCCAAAUUUGUAUCUAAGCCAGCUGCUGGGGUUCCAUCAAGCUUUGCAAGACAGCCUGGCCCUGCCCAGUCCCGCUUUUCAGCCCCUUCUGGUGCAGGUGCGGCCCCAAAGCCACAGCCUCCCACUUUCACCUAUGCACAACAGCGGGAAAAACCCCAGGUUCAGGAGAAGCCACAUCCUGCUGGACAGCCACCUGCCUUGCAAGAUAUGCGCAACCCUGUGUCAGUUGCAAACACCAGGUCAGAUCCACCCAGAGUUAAUUCUGCACUGACCAUGAAGGAGGUGGAGGAACUGGAGAUGCUAACCCAGAAACUCAUGAAGGAUAUGGAUCACCCGCCACAUGCUGAAGCUUCUACUACUGAGUUGUGUGGUCUGUGCAAUAAGGCUCUGUCACGAACACAGCCAGCGGUCCGUGCCCUGGACAAGCUUUUCCAUGUGGAAUGCUUCACUUGUUUCAAGUGCGAGAGGCAACUCCAGGGGCAGCAGUUCUAUAAUGUGGACGAAAAACCCUUCUGUGAGGAGUGCUAUGCGGGCACCCUAGAGAAGUGUUGUGUGUGCAAGCAAACAAUCACAGACCGGAUGUUGAGGGCCACAGGCAACUCCUACCACCCUCAGUGCUUCACCUGUGUGGUGUGCCAUAAACCCCUUGAGGGGGCCUCCUUCAUCGUGGACAAGGCCAACCAGCCACAUUGUGUGGAUGAUUAUCACAGAAAAUAUGCCCCACGCUGUUCAGUUUGCACUGAGCCUAUCAUGCCAGAGCCUGGGAAGGAUGAGACUGUCCGUGUGGUGGCCCUGGAGAAGAACUUCCACAUGAAAUGCUAUAAAUGUGAGGACUGUGGGAAGUCCCUUUCCAUUGAAGCAGAUGACAAUGGCUGUUUCCCCCUGGAUGGCCAUGUGCUGUGUAGGAAGUGUCACACCACACGUGUCAAAGCUGCAGUCUGAAGACCUUCCAUCAGAAUAUACUCUCAGCGUACUUCCCUUCCCCUGCUCACAACCAAACAAAGCAGUGAGCUGGAUGUUCUCUGUGUUCUUCCUGAGACAAUCCCCCUUUUCUCAAAAUCAUAGUGCAUUUCUACCUAGAACAUGUAUGUCUGGCAAUAUCUCUCCCCUCCACCCAAGCCCCCCAUUUUUUUGUUAUACCUGCCCUUUCUAUGGGCUCUUCCUUAACUCUUCACUUACUCUGACCACAAUAUAUUCUUCUAGAUACUGCAGAAAGUGACUUGGAAGCAUGACUUGCUGUAAAUGCUGCAGUUGUCUGUCUUACUAAUAAAAUAAUUCUGGAGACAAA